AUGUUCGCCAGAGCGUUGUGUCGAGUGUUACGAAUGCAAUGCGAUCUACGGCCUUUCUCGACCUCUUCGACGCCCAGGGCUGACUUCACCCAUGUGGUUGGUGCAAUGCUCACCGCAACAAACUCUUCUCGAGGUGAAACUAAAACAUUUCAGGUGGUCGGCGCUGGAGCUGUCAUUCACGCCGGCCUCUACUACGGUCCUACCUCUCUGAAGACACACCUAUGUCUCAAAGGCAAAAAGAUGAUGUACGAUCUCUGCGAGAAGCAAAACAUUCCUUACCGCAACGCAAAAAAAUGGAUCCUUUCACAGAACGCCCAGCAACAUGAAGAGCUCGUCAAGACACAUGACUUUGCCAAGUCAAUCGGCGUGCCAAUACAUUUCAUCCCCUUAUCAGAAGCACAUGCCCGUGAACCAGACGUCCGAGUCGAAGAAGCCGUCCUUGAGAGCCCGACAACCGGCAUCGUAGAUUCCCACACCUACAUGUCCUAUCUGGAGUCUGAUUUCCAGUCAAAAGGUGGUGACUUGGCAUGCUAUACGAGUGUGGAGUCAGUCGAGCCUCUUGCUUCGGGCUCUCAAGGCUGGAAAAUACAGACCAAAUGUCCUUCUUCUUCGAAGACGACAUGGAUAACAGCCGAUACUUUGAUAAACAGCGCGGGUCUAGCUGCUGUGUCCUUAUCAAACAGUAUACUUCCACACGCGCGGCAUGUUAAGCCGUAUUAUGCCAAGGGCUCGUACUACUCUUAUUCUGCUCCUAUGCCCCGUCCGAAGACUCUCGUGUAUCCUGCGCCAACUACGGGAGCCGCUGGCCUUGGUACACAUCUGACCAUCGAUAUGACGGGCGCGAUUCGAUUCGGUCCAGACGUUGAGUGGGUUGAUGAUCCCAACGACCUCUCUGUAAAUGAGUCUCGAUUACCAGCCGCUCUCGAAGAGAUCGAGACGUAUCUACCAAGGAUUCAGAAAGAGAAGGUUGGCUUAGAUUACUGCGGUAUCAGGCCAAAAUUAGGAAAGGGAGGCGCUGUUUGGAAAGGUAAUGGGGAUGGCUUUUUAGACUUCGUGAUUAGAAAAGAGGAGGGGUUUGAAGGAUUUGUCAAUCUUCUCGGCAUUGAAAGUCCCGGAUUGACCAGUUCUCUAGCGAUUGCUGAGAUGGUCGAUGGAUUACUCUAUAAAUGA